AGCUAGUCGCCUAUCGGCAGGCUUUCAAUGGCUUCCAAUCUUGCGUGCUGCAUCCUUUCCCUGACUCGUAAUGACAUGCGCUCCGUAUCGUCACUUUCCAUGGAUGUCCGACGGCCACAUUCCGCGAAUGGGCCGGCAGUGAUUCGGGGCGCUACGCAAUCUCUGGCUCUUGACAAUUUGGGCACGCCGUUUAGAGCUCGAGCCAUGGAGUUGAAGGUUCUGCCGCCAGCGUUAUCCGAAACGUGAUGCAGAGGGAACUCGCCGUGUCUAACAAUCAACCAGUCUCACCGGCUCUCGUUGACGCGAGUCUCUCGCACACGUCGCUUCUUGGAAGGAGAGAAAGAACAGAAAAAAAGAGAUCGCUUGUGGGAUUCGAGUCCCCAAACUAGAGCUUGGUAGAUCUUUACUCAGGAUUAGGGGUGUAACAGAUUGUGGCUUGUCCCGCUUGAUGGAUCAUCGAGUGGUAGCCUCGUGACUGCGAGUCAACAAUUACGCAUGCAAGGUCAAAUGACAUGGAGAGCGGGCGUUGUCUUGGCUCGUGGCAGGCCGGUACAGAACAGUCGUGGUGUGCCUUAGUUGUCGUGGACGAAGCGUCGACACUGAGAAUGGCCCUGUUUCGCUAGACCUAAACAUUCAGGCGAUUGUCGCGCUCAAUUUGUCGGUUUCCGAGUCGGCAGUGACUUUCUAAGCUUUACGAUUACCCGUAGGAACUAAGUCUGCUCGAUCCAAUAGCAAAGGUAGGCCGCGGAUAGUGGUUUGCCAAAAUGGUUUACAGAGUCAAUAUUGGGGUUAAAAGGGCUUGCACGAGACCACGCACAAAUCUCACGAUC